UCCACAGUGACGACGAGUGGAAGAAGACAUUUUUCAACGAGUGCACUAUUGCUUUGUGGUGGGCUCAUCCGCACUGGGAAUUUGUGCGGAUUUCCCCAAACGCAUCGAUCCUUAAGGCCGAAGUAAUGCGUGCAUAAUUAUACUCAUUGCGUUGUUCGGUUGUUUGCUGCGAUUACGGUGCACAAUCUGCGGGUGGGCCACUUCCGUGUGGAAGUGGAAAGGAGGUUUGCGUCGCUUAACCAGAACAGAGCCCUACUGCCUCAGCCAUCGUCGUGGAUAGGCUACACCUCUUCUAUUAUCGGUACUUGGGACGGGUUUGCGGUGCGCUGAAGCAUUUCAUGAUGGACCUUCAGCUCCAGCGAAAGCAGGGAACGCCUUCAGCAGCGGGACAGCCGCAGCCCCAGCAGCAGCGGGAUGCUGGCAUCGCAAACUCCGGCCCGGGUAGCGCUCUCGUCGGCGGUGCGGCUUCUGUUGGUGGGGCCAUCGGCAAGAAUGAUUGCUAUGAUAGUUCGCACAGCAGCAGCAAUACUGAGGACACCACCGAAACGGACGACCGCCGUCGGAAGAUGAUGAAAAAUCGUGCCAGAAACAAUCGACUGAUGCAGCAACACCAGGCACAGCACAACACGACGGACAGUGCAAAGGCGGCGGCCGCUGUGAGCCAUGUACACGGAAAAAAGCUGCAAGAUGGUGAGCGUAUAACGCUGAUCGUCGACAAUACGACUUUUACGGUCAAUGCGGCGAUGCUGACCUCUCAGCCCCAGACCAUGCUCGGCCGAAUGUUCAGUUCGGGGCUCGAGUUCGCGCAUCCGAACGAGCGGGGUGAGUACGAGGUGGCAGACGGUAUCUCACACACCGUCUUUCGGACCAUCCUCGAGUACUACCGGUCGGGCGUGAUACGUUGCCCACCGACGGUGUCGGUGCUGGAGUUGCGCGAAGCUUGCGACUAUCUGCUGAUUCCGUUCAAUGCCGAAACGAUCAGGUGCCAGAAUCUGCGCGGAUUGCUGCACGAACUAAGCAACGAGGGGGCCAGCAUUCAGUUCGGAGCGUUUUUGGAAUCGCUCAUCCUGCCGUUGAUGGUUGAUGCUGCUCGCCAGGGGCACCGCGAAUGUCACAUCGUAGUUCUCUCUGAAGAUGAUAUCAUCGACUGGGAUGCGGAGUACCCGCCUCAAAUGGGUGAAGAAGACUGCCAAACGGUCGCGAACACGGCCAUGUAUCGGUUCUUUAAAUACAUCGAAAAUCGGGAUGUUGCCAAGCAGGUGCUGAAGGAUCGGGGUCUCAAGAAGAUCCGGCUCGGUAUCGAGGGGUACCCCACGUACAAGGAGAAAAUGAAGAGACGGGCGAGUGGACGGGUCGAGGUGAUCUACAAUUAUCUGCAGCGGCCCUUCAUCCACAUGUCGUGGGAAAAGGAGGAAGCCAAGAGCCGCCACGUCGACUUUCAGUGCGUGAAAUCGAAGUCGGUCACCAAUUUGGCCGAAGCGACCGCUGAUCCUGCACUGGAACUUGACUCUGCUGGUAAUCCGCUUCCCCAGCGACAUUUUGAAAUAUCACACGAACCGGAAGCUGAACCGUUCCUGAGGCCCGAUGCUCUCCUAGAUGGCGAAGAGGGCGCUAUAGGGGGCAUACUACCGAACGCGGAUGAAAUCGCCAAUGGAGGACCAGGUGCAGCAGGAGUGGCAGCAGCAGCAGGUCCCGAGGAGGGAGCGCAGUAGAGACAUCAGCACCGUGCUCCUCGUGAAACAGGAACCAUUGCGGCGCAACAUGCCAAUGUCUCACGAUAAUGCACGGCUACUCAACUCAGUCACGUUUUUUUGGAGGUUUCUCUUUCGGUUCUCGAAGCGUGGCUUGGUGCUGAACAUGUUUUCUGACGGUUUUACAUACAAAUGCGCACAAGUUACGUUCUCCUCAUGAGAUAUUUGUUUUUUUAUGUUUUCCCUUUUUGAUUCUUGUUUUUGUUCAUCGUUUUAUAUAAGCCGUGUAUAUAGUACUUCACCACGAAACGUUCACGUUCGCUGGCAUUUGUUGCUCCAUGUGUGUGUGUGUGUGUGUGCUAGUUCAAGAAACUCUGGAACCAAUUUCCACUCGCGGCUAGAUUUCACUAUCCAGUACGCUCCUCACACAUUAUAGAUAGGUUUCGGAAUGCUGCAACACUCGUUUGCGCAGACUGCUGCUGUGACUAAGUUGUCCGCUUGCUCGACACAGUGUGCUCCUCGUACUAUAACUACAAUUGAAUGCGUUUAUUCUCCUUUUUUAUGAAUAUCAAACGAAAUACAAAUAAAAAACAGGAUUAUAUUAGCA